AAUAGGUAAUGAGAUAUAUAAUUAAAAAAAACAAAUGAUGGAUAAACGAAUAGAAACAAGAAACAUUUAAGAUGAAAAUCAGCUGGCUUGGAGUGGAAGAACUGGAUUCUAGAAAAUGUAUUUGCAAUCAUUGGGUUAUUUGAAAUAAACUGGGCUGAUAAUAACUUGGUGUUCAGUGAGUUAUUUAAAAAAAAAAAAAGUAUUUUCAUUUUCUUGUGAGUUCAUGGGAAUAGUCCAACAUAGGUGGCGCUAAUGCACGUUAACGAUGGUUGUCACCCUCCUAAGAAUAGAUGAAGAAGAAGAAGCGCCGGAUACUCUGCUCAGUCCAUGUACGUCACACACAAAGCAGGGACCGCGUCGGUUCGUGGGAAGAAGCCAUGUUGAGUCACCUCCUAAUACCAUCAUUUUAAUACCAAAAACAAAACAGUCAAUAGUGUGUCUGAAGUGGACCUGUUUGUAAACACGGACGAGAGAAAAUCCGCACCACGAUGUCGUCGGACGAUUUUCAGUCGAAGUACGCCUCUGUCAUGGAGAGUAUGCUUAAGAGUGCCGUCGCGGAGACAACGAAACUUUUCGAAACUAUGGUGGACGAACUGAAAGCAGAAAUAUCUGUUAUCAAGAAGGAGAACGAUGACCUCAAAACCAUGUGCAGGCAAUUUGAGAAGGAGAAAAGCCAACCGACCGUUCACAGCGGGGAAAGUGAGCCUCUUCCACGGCCAAGAGACUGCUCAGAGAAGCGUGACAAAGCUGUUCAAUGUGACCUUGUUCCUUUCCGUACCAUGCUUGUGGAGCAAUGUCAACAAUUAAGGCACUCAACCCAAGAGCAGCAAUGCAGUUAUAAGGACAUGGAGUCUGGUCUUCAAAAGGAUCAGGACUAUGAAGAGGGAAACUGUCCGAUGCCACUUGUUAAAGAAGAGGAGGAAGUUGACCCCACAGUGGUUUACAGGCAAGCACUCAUUGAUAAUACAGAUUCACCACGGGCCUCCGCAUGUGGAACUGAAACGGAGGGACUUCUCAUUAACAAGGAACGUUCAAAUCGAGAAAUGACCUUACUUCAAAAAGAUGAAGACACUCGAGCAGUUGUGGAAGUACUCUGUUUGGGAAUAGAUAGCAAUUUACAAGGAGCCCAGAAACAAUUAUCAGAACCUGAGCAUUCACAAGUUACUUCCCUCACUGGGAUAAAAUAUGACAUGGAAGAAGAGUCUAGUGUUGGUCUGAAGAUAUCAGAAAUAAGAACACAGGGUAAACUUGUAACAUGUGCAGAACAACCAUUGGUGGCUGCUAAGCAACUAUCAGAAGUUGAAUCGCACAAAAAAGAGCAACCAUCAUUGGGUGAAACGUCAAAUGAACAAACGUAUGUUACUGUGCAACAAUACACAGGUGUGCACUCUACAGAGAAACAGUUUGCAGAGCCCAAACCUCUAAACAAAGAAGGACGAUUAGAAGCUGGUUCAACUAAAGCAGCGACUAGUUCCAAGCCUGUGUUGCCAGUAUGCCGUAGAAGAGGACGUCCUCCAAAGAAAGCAAAACGUCUAGAACGGCCAGUGGAAAAAAAACUUGUGUCACCAUCAACUGAUGUUCCCACAGACCAAGAGGUGCUCGAAGCUCCAACCACUGAAGUUUCAUCUGCAAAUGAAACUCUAAACACCUCCCCAGCUGAAUCAGUACAAGCACCAUCAGUUCAGACGAGAGAACGCUGCACCUCAGUGACUCUCCAGGAUGCAAUGCUACUAGUUGAAGCCAUGAAUCAGUCGACAGAAAAAAAUGCACCUUCCUCCCUACAAGAAAUGGCAUCACCACAAAUCCAGUGUGUUCCCCAUGUGGGUGCCUUAGAAACUGUAGAUGAGGUCCCACCUCAGUUACCUGCUCCUAAAUCUCCAACACAGACACCACCACUUCCUCUUGUAACUUAUAAAGUUGCAGAACAUCGACAUGCAGCAGAGAUGUCCACAACAACACAAUUGAAAGUAGAGACACCUUGUGAUACUUCUCAGACUAAAGAUGCCUCUAAAACCAUUAAGGCUCAGUCCCAUAUAAAGGCUGUAAUACCUCAACAAUUGCAGGCAGUCACUCCUUCAAAUAAUUCUUCUUGUCCGUCAUCUUCAACUGCUGCAACUCAAACAAGUGUGUCCCUUCAGCCGAGGUCACCCCAUCCAUUGAUAACAUUAUCAGUGCCCAGUAAAUCACUGAGUAACAUAGUCCAGAAUAAAAUAAUCAUUGUGCCAAGAUCAGCAUGCUUACGUAAACCACAAACAAUUGCGGCACUGUCCCCAGCUAAAAAUUCUACUGCUGUGUCAACAGUUGCGGCUGCACAAAAUAUUUGUUCACUUCCAGUUUCAACAGUUGCAGGCCUGCCCCUCGGAACACCUUCCCUUUCCUCUAUUUCUCAGAAAGCAACAUAUGCUGCCUGUAAGACAUCGCAUCAAGUUGCCACUAAGACAGCCGCUAGUUCAACACACCAGCAGUCAGGGACCCCACCAAAAAUAACAAUUAUAGUUCCAAGACAGGUGUCGGCUGUGGCAUCAAGCCACAAAAAGAAGCCUUCACAAGAGACCCUUGUUCUGACAACAAGGCAGGAAUCUUCUGAACCUGGUCCCACUGUCAAGGUUUCAUCACCUCUGUUGGUUUCUUCGUCUCAGCAGAUAAGCAUUUCAGAUCAACAGGCUACAACAUCAGUUGGGCUAAUGCCAAUCACUGUGUCCCCAGAUGCCCCACUAGCCACUGAACAGAAGCUCUCUGCAGUUGUCAAAUUAAGCAGGCUGCCAUUUCCUAUGUCAACGAGAGAAUCAGUCUUGAUCUCAAGACUGCCUUUGGAUGUGUUUUCUCGAAAUACCAUGCAAGAGAAACCAUCUGAGGUCAAGUCAACACAACCAUCAAAAAAAGUGAUCUCCCUUUCAGAGGUGCCAGCCUUGUCAACUGACAUUGCACCCAAUUUAAAAGGAACUUCUGUCACUGUGUCUGUGCAUGCAUCUCAGAUUAUAGAAGAGUCAAAUGAUAUUGAUAAGGCAUUAUUAUCCUCUGAAACAUGCACCAUUUUGGACAAGCCACCUGCAAAGAGUUGUGUGCAGCCAUCUUCACCAUCCAAGAUGUCGGCAUCAGUCUUGAAGAAAUUAACAGGAGCUGUCAGCAUGACUGAGUCUUCAGCUGUAUCUGGUACAGCUAGUGAACCUACUUCUAAUUUGGAUGAAGAAAUCAGCAAUGCAGUGCCAGAUUGUUUGCUGCCAAAUGACCCACCUUUACAAGAUAAAGAAUCAACUGGCUUAAUACAGCUAACCUCCUUCACAGCUAAAGACAUGGCUGAUCCUCAUUUGCAGAUGACUAAAACCCAGUUCCUGGCACAGUUGGCUGUGUCACCUGUAGUUGAAGCCCCAGAAAAGGCAUCGACAAAUGAUUUUGCAGAUACCAGAGCUUCUUGUGCAGAGACGAGUGCUGUUGAGAAGAGAGAGUUGCAGAAAAACUCCCUUGUGGCCCGACUCCGGAGUCACCUCAAAACUCACUUGCAAGCUAGAAGAACUGAAAGACAUCCACCACUACUCACAGAAACUGAGACCUCACCAGUAAGCCCUAAGAAAUCUAGAUUGGAAAAGGUCAGUCAAAAGGUGAAAAACACUCCUGGUGAACCUAUUCCUGUCAGUCCUAAAAAGACAGGUGUGGAUGAUGUUACAUCUCUAAAAGACAUAACUGAUGACCCCACUACAAUUAGUCCUAGGGGAUCUGGACUAUGUAAAGAUGAUUUCAGAUUAAAGAAGACAGUUAGUGAAACAACAUCUGUUAGGUCAAAAUUAUCUAAAAAUAAACCUGGCCUUAAAAGUGAAUCCACUCCUGUGAGUCCUAAAACGUCUAGUUUUGCCAGAGAUGGUGUUGACCCUGAAAAUACAAAAUCCACUUCUUUGAGUCCAAGGAGGUCUAGCUCAAAUAAUGAUAAUGGUGUCCCUAAAGAUAUUCAGUUCUCUCGUGUGUGUUCUAGAAGGUCUUGCUCAACUAGAGAUUGCGCUAAUACUAAAAAGACUAAAACCACUUCUAAGAGUCCAAGGAGAUGUAGUUCAGCUAAAGGCAAUGCUAGCCCUAAACAGACUCAAUCAACUACUCUCAGUCUGAGGAGGACUAGUUCUACUACAGUUGGGGCUACCCCUAAAAAUACAAAAAGAAUGUUUAGCAAUACUACAGAUGGUGGUAAAAUUGGUACUCCAGCUAGGUGGCCUUAUUUGGCUAAAGAUAGUUCCAUUCCUGUAAAGACCAGGGAAUCCACUCCUGCUAAGAAACCCAGAUUCAUUCAAGAUGGUACCAUUCCAAAAAAGAGUUUAAGAUUGGUGAAUGCCAAGAAGUUAGCUAAAGCAGCAAAAGCAAAGAAGCUAGCAAAAAUGAAAAAUUCUAAGCAAUCAAUAUUGCAGAAUGAAGCAAAAACAAGCCAUUUAGCAAAGAAUGGUCCUAGCUGUGAGACUGUUAAAAGAUUUACAUCUAAAGCUGUGUGGUUCCCACCUGUAAUGCCAGUUAGUGAAACAACUUCAUUGGAGGGAAAAAAUUCAUCGCUCUCACCAGUAAAGAAAGAGGCUAGUUCCCCAGUAUCCAAGCAUUAUACAGUAGUUUACCCCACUGUCAGAGGUCCACCUAUUGUAUCACCAUCACAGCCUUUAUUAGUCAUUGGUAGAUGUCUGCUCAAGAACCAGUGUGGGGAAUGUGGUCGUGUCCUCAGCAGCAGUGCUGCCCUGGAAAGCCAUGUCAGUUGCCAUACAGGUCACCGACCAUUCUCUUGCACACUCUGUGGAAAGAGCUUCCCAGACUCCAAGGGUUUUAAACGGCAUGGCAGGGUGCACCGCAAUGGUAGGAUCCAUAUCUGCCAGCAUUGUGGGAAGGGGUUUGUCUACCGUUUUGGUCUCACAAAACACCUCCAGAUGGUGCAUGGCAGAAUUAAACCUUUUGUUUGCCAGAUCUGCAACAAGGCAUUCUUCGCAAAGCGAGAUGUGGAAACCCACAUACGGAUACACACGGGGGAGAAACCAUUCCCUUGCAACCUCUGUGAAAGAAGAUUUGCAAGGAGAGUAGAACUAAAUGUGCAUGUGAGGUGGCAUAAUGGGGAGAAGAGACACUGGUGUCCAUACUGUGGGAAGGGAUUUUUAGACUCCAAUAACCUGAAAAGGCACAAGUAUAUUCACACGGGAGAGAAACCCCAUUCCUGCCCACACUGCCCUAAGAACUUCACGCAGUCAGGUCACCUGAAAAAGCAUGUUAAAAAUGUACAUAAAAUCAAAUGAGCAAAAUGCCACCUUGCUCCAUUGAGAACAAGCUCUUUUUUUCUGUAGUGAAAGGUUGUAAUGUGAGAAUACUUGGUAUGGAAGGGAUUGGUUUGAUUUUGACUCAAAGCACUGUCUUUCUAAAGUAAAUAUUUAUCGUUUAAAAAAAAAAUGCAAUCCUUUGUGAUGUUGCUUUUAUCAAAGGAUAUCUUUUUGAUAUAUUUUUAUAGAGGCUUAAACAAAUAUACUUAAAUUUUGGUAAAUACGUUUGUUCUCUCUCUCUUUUUUUUUUAGCACCUAUAUUCCAGAGUAGAGCCCCAUAUUGAAAAUAUAGACUUGAAAAUGUGUUGGCAGUUGGCAUUUUGGAGAGAUAAAUGACAACCAUUUAUCCCUGCUUCUUGUCUUUUUGCUAAGUUUGUAAAUGGUUUCUUAAUUCCAGCUCUAUUUUUGAUACACAGACAUGAGUGUAGUAACUGCCAAUAAACAAAUAAGCGUAUUUCCCACAAUGUUGAACUGUUGUUUUAAAAUAUUUUACUAAUGGGCACUGUGUGCUCUUUACAGGGUAGAAAGGAAGAGGAAGCCAAGAAUGUAUGUACAUUUACAAUAGCAUUUUUGAAAAAUGCAAAAUAGCCUUUUUGGCAACAGAUUUUAGAAAUGAUAUCAUGAAAGAUGGUUUUAAUGGUUUGCCUGUGUUGCAACCAAUCAACCACAAGGUGUUGUAAAUGGGGUGAUGUAAUUGGAAAAUGCUAUGGUUAACUUGACAUGAAACACCUUUCAGAUAUUUUUUUUGGAGCUGUUUUUCUGUUGGUUAAUUACAAAAAACCCUUAAUGUUUUCAAUAUUGUCAGCAAUUUAUCAAUAUCAUGCUAUUGUGAUAUUACUUGAAAAUUCAAAAUUAUUUAUUUUUUCCUGUUCCCUGUUCCUGUUUUCCUCAUGUUGAUAAAACGUUUUUGUUGAUUCCUUUUUAACUGAUACAGUGGGACAUAAAUGUGCAAAACAUUAUUGACAAAAAUGAGAAUUUGACAGUAUUAUUUAAUUGUAAAAAUGUAAAUGAUUUGAGUUGUUUGUAAGUCUAGAUUCUUUAUUUUAUUACAUUGCUUUUGUUUGCUGCUAUUAUAAAAAUGGCAAUAAGGGGUUAAUUGUACUGCUAGUCUGCUACAAACCAGACUUAGGCCAGAUUGCGUAAUUUAUCAGGAACUCCAGUUUGUGUGAAUUUUUCUCUGACAGUACAUUUACAAUUUUGAGUAUUAAACUCAAUAUAUGUUUUCACUCAAAUUGAUGCUGUACAUUUACAAUUUGACAAGACGCAUCCUGGCCUCUGUUUCUCAGUACCUUUUUAAUAAAUUGUCAACUGUU